AUAUAUAUAUUACCCUCUGGACAGUGUGUAAUGUUGUCUCCUCUUCUUCUUCUCUCUAGGUACUACUCUGUCCUCUACCCUCUGGACAGUGUGUAAUGUUGUCUCCUCUUCUUCUUCUCUCUAGGUACUACUCUGUCCUCUACCCUCUGGACAGUGUGUCAUGUUGUCUCCUCUUCUUCUUCUCUCUAGGUACUACUCUGUCCUCUACCCUCUGGACAGUGUGUAAUGUUGUCUCCUCUUCUUCUUCUCUCUAGGUACUACUCUGUCCUCUACCCUCUGGACAGUGUGUAAUGUUGUCUCUUCUUCUUCUCUCUAGGUACUACUCUGUCCUCUACCCUCUGGACAGUGUGUAAUGUUGUCUCUUCUUCUUCUCUCUAGGUACUACUCUGUCCUCUACCCUCUGGAGAGGAAGAUCUCAGAAUCCAGAUCACGUGACCUGGUUAUCUACAUCUGGAUCCACGCCACCAUCGCCAGCGUGCCUGUGUUCGCCGUCACCAACGUUACCGACGUGUACGCCACCUUGUCAUGUUCCGACGCCCGCGCCCGCUCCUUGGGUCACAUGGUCUACGUGAUGAUCUACAACGUAACCACGGUGAUCCUUCCCCUGGCGGUUGUCUUCCUGUUCAUGGUUCUGAUUCGCCGAGCCCUUAGCGCCAGCCAGAAGAAGAAGGUGAUUAUUGCAGCGUUGAGAACCCCUCAGAACUCCAUCUCUAUUCCGUACGUGUCGCAGCGCGAGGCUGAGCUACACGCUACAUUACUAGCUGUAGUUUUAGCCUUCUCGGCCUGUAGCGCCCCCUAUGGGGCGUUGGUGGUAUACCGAACCCUUCUCGGGGACGGUGAGGAAUUGUCUCCUUCUCUCCAACUCACAGCUAUCUGGCUGCCAAAGGUGUCUCUCCUCACCAACCCUCUGCUGUUUCUGACGGUGAACCGCACGGCCAGGCAGUGCCUGUUGGAUGUUUUAGCCCGGGUCCACAGACGCUACAGCCGGCGUAACGUAGUCUGCACUGGGGCCCUGGGGCUGGGGCUAGGGGGCGAGGGAGGGCUGGAGGGGUCGGCUCAGGCCGGGAGCCAGCUCCUGGAGAUGUUUAAUAUCGGACAGCAGCAGAUCUUUAGGCCGACCGAUGAAGAGGACGAGGAGGAGAUAGAGAAUGAGAUACCUUCGUUAGGUUCAGGGGGUGGUGGGGGUUGUUCGCAACCCAAAGAGAACCACCUUGGAGGGGGUAGACUAGGGGGACACGAAGGGGAGAUGGUUCUACAGAAGGAGACCCAACCAACCAGAGAGAGUGUGCUAGUGACUAGAGAACCUCCUCCUCUCAUAUUGCCCAAGGUCUCCGCUGCCCCUGUCCAUGCCUGCUCUUACACCUCCUCGUCACAGGUGGCGCCAGCGACCCCCACGGAGCCCGACGACGCCACCAAGUUUGGGUUCGGUCCAUUCGAGCUGCCGCCCCAGUGGCUGCCGGAGACCAGGAACAGUAAAAAGAGGCUCCUCCCACCGCUGGGGAACACCCCCGAGGAACUGAUCCAGACCAAACAGCCACGCCCACGGCCAGAAAGACGAAUCAGCAGGAACAACAAGGUCAGCACCUUUCCCGUUGUCGACCCUUAAACUAUGAACCCUGUCCAUUGACCUUUGAACCUAUGAUCCCCGAUGACAGCUAUGGCUGGAGGUCAGCCAGAGGAGUAUUCCACUGACGGAGCGUAAUGAGAACGGCAAUGCACCUUUUCCCUUUUCUAUCAAGUUUUUGAUACAUUUUAUGUCAAUGACUGGAUACAAAGUCAAUGGAGGAAAUCUGACCAAGCACCUGACCAACCACCCGACCAACCACCCGACCAACCACCUGACCAACCACCUGACCAAGCACCUGACCAACCACCUGACCAACCACCUGACCAACCACCUGACCAACCACCUGACCAACCACCUGACCAAGCACCUGACCAACCACCCGACCAACCACCCGACCAACCACCCGACCAACCACCCGACCAAGCACCCGACCAACCACCCGACCAACCACCUGACCAACAACCUGACCAACCACCCGACCAACCACCCGACCAACCACCUGACCAACCACCCGACCAACCACCUGACCAACCACCUGACCAACCACCUGACCAACCACCCGACCAACCACCCGACCAACCACCCGACCAACCACCUGACCAACCACCUGACCAACCACCCGACCAACCACCCGACCAACCACCCGACCAACCACCCGACCAACCACCCGACCAACCACCCGACCAACCACCUGACCAACCACCUGACCAACCACCUGACCAACCACCCGACCAACCACCCGACCAACCACCUGACCAACCAUCUGACCAACCACCUGACCAACCACCUGACCAACCACCCGACCAACCACCUGACCAAAGGCCUCCUGUAAGAGAAAGCAGGGAUGUACAACUCCAGAGCUCGAUGAGUCUGUCUCAUUGAUGAUUCUCCCUGUCGUGUAAUGGAUACAUUUUAUGUCAAUGACUGGGGAGAUUUUAGAAAGUCCACACCGGGACACCUAAUAGCCCAAGUCUAACGUCUAAAGCCACGUUUUUCUGAAGACAUGGAUUUUGACCCCAAUGUCCUGGUUUUGAUGUUCUCUCUUUUUUUCUUGCUCUAUCUUUCCCAUAAAUAUUUUCAUUUGAUUUGUACUGGUACUGCUAACAAAGCAGGUAAAACAUUUUGAAGUGAUUUGUACUGGUACUGCUAACAGAACAGAAAACCUUUUCAGUUGAUUUGUACUGGGACUGCUAACAGAACAGAAAACCUUUUCAGUUGAUUUGUACUGGGACUGCUAACAGAACAGAAAACCUUUUCAGUUGAUUUGUACUGGGACUGCUAACAGAACAGAAAACCUUUUUAAUUGAUUUGUACUGGGACUGCUAACAGAGCAUUUUCAACAUCUCUGUUUUGUUCAACAUAAUUAGUACAAGCAAUUAAUCUAGUUGAUUUCUAAGAAAAGUUUGGCAAUGAUGUAUUGAACAUACAGUACAUGCAUUAGAUUCUUGCAAUGCCACAUUUACAUUGUGAUUGACAUGGAGAAUUGAGUCACACAAACACUGGAUGAAUCUUAGAUUCUGGGUGAGACAUUGAAGCUAAAUAAGAGUAUUUCUCAAUGUGUUUUUCCAUGAACAAAACAUAUUCUAACAUGAUUAAAAUGUCAUCAUCAAGUCUUAAAUAAUGAAUGAGUUUCUCUAUCAAACCUUUCACUUGUCUCCAUAGCGAUGUUUUUUUCUCUUGUUGUUUUUCAUCAAAAGCAACCAGCAAUAUUUCAUUUUGAAAAAUCUAUCAAGCCUUGAGCUGUAGCUGUCCCUAUGUGGGCUUCAUUUUUUUAUUCCAAAUUAUGUUGAGUUUAUUUUCUAUGAUAGGACAUGUCUCUUCAGAUGUAUUGAAUAGCAUUCCUUUACAACGCCAACCCUUUGUACUACAGACAGUGACUGAAACAUUCAAUGAAAUUAAUGACAUGAUAAGUGCAAUUGUACAGUUUGCAAAUAUAUAGCAUAAAUUAACUUUGGAUUAACUGAG